AUGAAUAAAUCAAGCAGCUUGAAGAGCAAUUCCUCCAGUUCCAAGGGGGUUAACAAAAAAUCAUCCAGACAUACAAUUGUAACGGAAGGAGGAGUUACUCCUCACAAGCAGCACACCCUUGUCAGUACUGCUAGCAACAAUCUGGGGAGAGACCCAUCGCAUGAUACUGGUUAUGGAAAUUCAGUUAAGUUCCUUUUAGAAGAUGGGCAAACCUACGGGACCACCUCAAGUCUAGAUAACGCAAGCAGGUCGAAAAAUUACGCUUACUCUUCUGACAACUCUUUUUUGAAUGUUUCAUCUGGGGAUAACUUUUCCUACGCUGCUAAUAGGAGCGCAAAUGGUCAGCAGAGCCCGUUUCAUUCUAAAUUGAAUAGCCAGAGCAAUUUCGGUAGCGGCAACUUUGGUGGAAGCGGCAACUAUGGUGGCAGCUGCAACAGUAGGAUCGCCUACAAUACAGGGAAUAGCACCAUAAAUUUGGACAAUUACGACUACCUAGAUGUUGACACGGCCCCGCACAACCAUCAGAACGAGAACAAUUUUCCACCGCAGGAUAAUUAUUCUGGAACGAACAAGCAGUUGUACUCUGCAUCUGGCACCUUAUCUCACAUACAUCCAAGACAUGGUCACAUGAGUCAAAAUAUUUCAUACCCAGAUCAAUAUAGCUAUAGCACCUAUUCGAGCAGAAGUCCUCAAAUGAGCGGAAGAACAUCUUAUUUCCCCUUCAACGGUAAGAGUGGUGCCCGUUCUUUGUGCAGUUCCCCAACUUUUUCAGGCUACGAAAAUGAGUAUUACGCCUACCCCCAUGGAGAAUCUAAUUUCAGAAACCUGCCCCCACAUAUGUAUUACUUGGCGAAGGAGGAAAAUGAAGAAUGUUGUUGUUUAAAAAAAGGAACCAACUGUUCACUACCUGGCUGCAACUCACACAUGGAUAAUUCAUAUGAGUACAUAAUUCAGGCACCAAAAAUGCCUAUAACCAUUAAAGCUCCAAAUAAAAAAAGGUUCGAUAUGUUCAAAAAGAUAACCCUAACUGUGGGGACCUACUUGGACGACGUUGUAAAUGUAAUGAUAGGAAUCGUAGAGUCCUCUUACAAAUGCAUAGCGCGGAACAAUAAAACUAACUUGUAUGAUUUGCACCCAUUUUAUAAUCCAGAUCCCAUUUACUCGAGAAAUGAAAGGCCAACAUUAAAAACGGGAAGCACUUUGUUAGAUAAAAUAAAUUCUGCGCUAGACGGCACGACGCUUGAAAAGCACAAACAUUUGCCCAGAGACUUUGGAAGAGAAGCCAUUCCGAAGACGCAGAAGACCGGGAGCAAAUUUGUCGACGGGAUGAAUAACAUGCUGGACAAUUUAUUGAACGAGCCUUUGUCUUACCAAAAAUAUGAUUACUUCAGUGAUCGGUGUGAGCAAGGGAUUGGGGAAAGGCAAUAG